AUGUCUGUACAAGUUUGGUUCCAAAAUCGACGCGCUAAGUGGCGAAAAACAGAAAAAUGCUGGGGUCAUAGCACCAAAAUGGCCGAAUAUGGCCUCUACGGUGCCAUGGUGCGACACUCGCUGCCGCUUCCCGAAACUAUACUCAAAUCAGCCAAAGACGAUGAAUCGGUAGCACCAUGGCUGCUGGGCAUGCACAAAAAGUCUCUCGAAGCCGCUGAUAUACUAAAAUCAGACGAGAGUGAUCGUGAAACACCCACCUCAGAUGACACGAACACCUCCUACUCAGCGGGCAGCACACAUAAUUCACCGAUUUCCUCCUUCUCCAUAUCGCGUCUGCUCUUCGACGCGCCAUCAAAACACAAACGACACCACGACGUGGUGGGGAGCAGUGCUCUCGGUGGCGGCGGCGUCGGCCUAGAUCUUGCCAACGGCACCAUGAGUGGCCUCGCAGAGCAGGCGCAUGCACAAGCGCAUGCGCAUGUCAUGCAGCAUCAUCCCUACAAUCAGCAACAGCAUUUACAACAUGUACAACAUCUACAACAGUUGCAUCAGCAACAAUUGGCCGAACAGCAUGCAGAGGCGCAACGAAGGCAACAAGCGCAUCAACAUCAGCAACAACUGUUGGCGGCGGAAGCGGAAAUGCAACGCAGACGGCAGGAGGUGCACGAGCAGCGCGAACGCGAACGGGAAGCCGAAGCGGAGGCGGAAGAGGCGAUGUGUGGUGAUGAUGAUGACGAUGAUUGUGAUAGGGAAGAGAUUGAUAUUUGUGAUGAUGUUGACGAUGAUAAGGAUAUGAAAAUGUUGCUGAGCGCCGAGAGUGCGGCGAAGCGGAUUAAACAGGAAAGGGAGAGUAGCGCAGCAAUGGCGCUAGAGAGUAGAUGAAAUUUGUGCAUUGAUGUGUUGUUGUAAGUUAGUUAGGGAGGGAUCGAUAGAGAGAGAGGGAGAAGAGGAAGAGGGGGAAGGGACAAAACUAGUAAUUGA